CCCAAAUAACUUUACCUAAUAAAUCGUUUUCACUUAUUACUAUUUUGAAAUAAAAGCUUUUAUUCUACUAUGCGAUAUGUCAGAGGAGUUUUUAACUACAGAAAAAAUCAUAAAAUUUUGUUUAUAGUAAUACUUGUGAUCUUGCUGAUUUCAAUUGUCAAUUGGAUGGUUCCCCGCUACUAUGACUACAGACAGAUUCCCACGAAAGUUUAUUGUGAUAAGAAUGAAAUUGAUAAACAGAAAUAUUUAUUAUUUCCUAUGACCGCAAUUGUUUUUGAUGGAGGUUUGGGAAACCAACUUUUUGAAGUAUUUUCACUUCUUGGACUUGCUAUGAAACUCAACCGAACUGCAAUUUUCAAUAGCGAUGACUGGAUUCUUCACUCAAAGUUAGAUUUACUUCAAGAGCAAGUACCCCAGGUUGCUGCAAGAAUUAUUUCCAUCCCAAUUGAGAUUGCUGAAUCCACUCGAUUUUUAUACUCUCCAGCAUGUUGUCAUUAUCAAUUUGCAUCUCUCCUUUCCUGCGAACAAAACAGGUUUCUUAUCAUUGAUGGACAAUAUUUUCAGAGUUUUAAAUACUUCUCAACGAUAGAGUCUUCAAUAAGAAAAUGGUUGAAGCCUCCACAGGACGAAGAGAUGUUUUUGAAAAAAAUGAUCAGAAGAAAGGAUGAAUUACGAUACAAACACUGUGUUCACAUUCGUCGUGGUGAUUUUACGACAGACUCCCAACACGCUGGAACUGAUGCGGUCUUUACAAUUCGAGCAAUUGAUUAUUUGUAUUCCCUGCAUCCUGGUCUCAUAUAUCUCUUCAGUAAUGAUCCAGAAUGGGUUAGGAAGAGAAUAGCUGAACAACUUGACUAUCAUGGUGAUGUUAAAAUUAUGGAAACACCAAAAGACGCAGCCAUCAAGGACUUAUAUUUCUCCCAGGUUCAUUGUGAUUCUGUGUUGAUUACUGCUCCAUCGUCAACAUUCGGUUGGUGGAUUGGAUAUAUGUCAAAGAAUCAAUCAAAUGUAUAUUAUCGAGAUAUUCAAGAAACUGAGGAUAUGGUCAAAUAUCAAAUGUUGGAAGAAGAUUUCUUCCCGCGCACGUGGAAAAAGUUGGGAAUGUCACGAAACGGGUUAAUCAUCACAAAGUAAAUACAUAUAUGAUCUGAUACAAAUAAAUUAUUCAAUUUUU